GGAGCCCUGCUGAGCUUCAAGAUAUAAAAGCAACUUCGGGUUCCCCCUUUCAAGACAAGACAAAUCAAAGGCUCAGAGACAAAACAGCUCGCUGAGCUCUGAACGUCUUUCCCUCCCUCCUUCCUUCCCUCCCAUCCACUCACCCUCUCCCUCCCUCCCCUGCUCACAGUCCAGCCUCUGUCUAGGGAAGAGGCUCUCAAGCAGCCUUAGAUGAUUAUGGAUUUUCUGAGCGAGAAGUUUGCCCUGAAGAGCCAGCCGAGCAAGAACAGUGACUUUUACAUGGGAGCAGGAGGCACUUUGGAGCACGUUAUGGAAACUUUGGACAAUGAGUCCUUUUAUAGCAAAACGCCAGGCAGCAAAUGUGUGCAGGCCUUCAACCCUCUGCAAAGGGCUGAGCAUCAUGUGAGGCUGGAGAGGACAUCACCCUGCCAGGACAACAACGUGAACUAUGGGAUUACUAAAGUGGAAGGACAGCCUCUUCACACGGAGCUGAGCAGGCCAAUGGACAAUUGCAACAAUCUCAGGAUGUCUCCGGUGAAAGGGAUGCAGGAGAAGGGGGAACUGGAUGAACUUGGUGAUAAGUGUGACAGCAAUGUCUCCAGCAGUAAGAAGAGGAGACACAGAACCACUUUCACCAGUUUGCAGCUGGAGGAACUGGAGAAAGUGUUCCAGAAAACUCACUACCCUGAUGUCUAUGUAAGAGAACAGCUAGCUCUGAGAACAGAGCUCACUGAGGCCAGAGUCCAGGUUUGGUUCCAGAAUCGAAGAGCGAAAUGGAGGAAAAGAGAACGUUAUGGUCAGAUCCAGCAAGCUAAGAGCCAUUUUGCUGCGACCUAUGAUAUAUCUGUUCUUCCAAGGACUGACAGCUACCCUCAGAUUCAGAACAAUCUGUGGGCAGGGAAUGCAGCUAGCGGUUCUGUGGUUACUUCCUGCAUGCUACCACGAGAUACGUCCUCCUGUAUGACACCUUAUUCCCAUUCACCCCGGACAGAUUCUGGCUACACAGGCUUUUCAAACCACCAGAAUCAGUUCAGCCACGUGCCCCUCAAUAAUUUUUUCACUGACUCUUUACUUUCUGGGGCAACCAAUGGACACGCUUUUGAAACAAAGCCGGAAUUUGAAAGGAGGUCCUCCAGCAUUGCAGUUCUACGGAUGAAAGCCAAAGAGCAUGCUGCCAAUAUUUCCUGGGCCAUGUAAUAUAGCAGUACCCUUUCUUAAUUUCCUUUUUUUUUUUUUUUUUAAAUAGCAAACUGAAAACAUUUUUAUUUCCUAUAUUUAAAGGACACAACAAUAAGCUGCUGUGUGUGGAAUGCUAGAAGUCACAAUAUACAUGAUGUCUGCUUAAACAAAUGCAAUAUAAUAUUUAACAAUAAAACAAGAAUAAACCAAAUAGAUUUACCAUGCAUCAAGCUCAACAAGAGGGCUUUGUUUUGGUUUUUAUAUAGAAAUAUGUUUUGUUGUACCAGUUGAUGAAAUAUGAUUAUAAAACCUGCAAAAAAGAAUAAAACUAUUA